UCCCUUCGGCAGCCUCCCAGCCUCUCCUCAGAGGUUCUGCAGGAUCUUCUGCAAGUUCACUGAAAGAUUUUUUCCUCCUUUAGGAAAAAAAAAUUGCAUGGGCCAGAGAAGAAUUUUUCUCUGCAAAGCGCCAUUAGCAGCUCUGAUCCCUGCUGAGAUUGUGCCGCUAGCUCCUGGUGCUGACUUUCUCUGUGCUGCAGAACUUUUUUUUUUUUUUUUUUUAGGGAGGAAAGGGGAGCACAAGUUCCUUCCCAAACGGCGUCAGAAGAACCCCCCCGUGCCAAGCCUAUGAUCUUGGCUCAGGAGUUAUUCUGUUUGAGUUUCUUUAAAUCAAGCAGCAUACGCAACGCCGUGCCUUUAAAUUUCAUCUGAUUACCAAAUCCAGGUCUGGAAAUCACCCAAGAGAUACACCCGUCUCCCCACAAAAAAAGAUCUAUCCAUUUGGAUCUACUGAUCAGAGAUCUGCUGAUUCCUAAGAGGUCUAUUGGUUUCAGAUCUGUCGGUCUCCUGUCUCCAAGAGCUUUCCAUUUGGACUGACUGAUCUCCCAGAGAUCUAGCAAUUUAAAGAUCUAUCAACUUCACAUCUGCUGAUCUCCAAAAGACUGUGGCUCUUCCUGGUUUUCGACGGGGUUUUCAGCUUGGAUUCAUUGAUCUCUCUAUCGGAUCCGUUGAACUAUUGACUCACAGAUCUGAAAGAGCUAUCAAUUCUGAGCUAUUGAUCUCGGAAGGAUCUAUUGAUUAGGAUCUAUCGAUCUCCCAAGGAGUUCCCGUUGCCCUGUUUCUCCCCAGGUGUGUACAGCAGGACUAGGGGAAGAUGUUCAGCUGGAUGAGGAAGAACGAGAAGAAGACUCCUGAGGUGAUCCACACGGUCACCGAGGGGCUGAAGAACCUUUACAAGAAGAAGCUGCUGCCCGUGGAGGAGUUCUACCGUUUCCAUGACUUCCACUCGCCAGCCCUGGAGGACGCCGACUUUGACAACAAGCCCAUGGUGCUGGUGGUGGGGCAGUACUCCACAGGGAAGACCACCUUCAUCAGGUACUUGCUGGAGCAGGACAUCCCGGGCAGCCGCAUCGGGCCCGAGCCCACCACCGACUCCUUCAUUGCUGUCAUGCAUGGCGAGACCGAGGGGAUCAUCCCGGGCAACGCCCUCAUCGUUGACCCCAAAAAACCCUUCCGCAAGCUCAACCCCUUCGGGAACACCUUCCUCAACCGGUUCAUGUGUGCCCAGCUGCCCAACCAAGUCCUGGAGAGCAUCAGCCUCAUCGACACCCCGGGGAUCCUGUCGGGAGCCAAGCAGCGUGUGUCCCGGGGCUACGACUUCCCAGCCGUGCUGCAGUGGUUCGCGGAGCGCGUGGACCGCAUCAUCCUGCUCUUCGACGCCCACAAGCUGGAGAUCUCGGACGAGUUCUCGGAGGCCAUCCGAGCCCUGAAGGGCAACGAGGACAAGAUCCGGGUGGUCCUGAACAAGGCCGACAUGGUGGAGACGCAGCAGCUGAUGCGGGUCUAUGGGGCCCUCAUGUGGUCCCUGGGGAAGGUGUUCAACACCCCCGAGGUGCUGCGUGUCUACAUCGGCUCCUUCUGGGCCGAGCCGCUGCUCGUCUCCGACAACCGGCGGCUCUUCGAGCUGGAGGAGCAGGACUUGUUCCAGGACAUCCAGAACCUGCCCCGCAACUCGGCCCUCCGUAAGCUCAACGACCUGGUCAAGAGAGCCCGGCUGGUCAGGGUCCACGCCCACAUCAUCAGCCACCUGAAGAAGGAGAUGCCCUCGGUGUUCGGGAAGGACAACAAGAAGAAGCACCUGAUCGCCAAGCUGCCCGUCAUCUUCGCCAAGAUCCAGCUGGAGCAUCACAUCUCGCCCGGCGACUUCCCCGACUGCGGCAAGAUGCAGGAGCUGCUGAUGGUUCACGACUUCACCAAGUUCCACGCGCUGAAGCCGCGGCUGCUGGACGGGCUGGACGAGAUGCUGACGGGCGACAUCGCCCGGCUUAUGCCCCUGCUGCGCCAGGAGGAGCUGGAGACGCCGGAGGGCGCGGUGCAGGGUGGGGCCUUCGAUGUCACCCACAACGGCCCCUUCGUGGAGGGCCUGGCUGACGGCGCCUACGAGGGGGCGGACGACGAGGACUGGGUGGUGACCAAGGACAAGCCCAAGUACGACGAGAUCUUCUACAACCUGGCGCCCCUGGACGGGAAGCUAAGCGGCACCAAGGCCAAGACCUGGAUGGUGGCCACCAAGCUGCCCAACUCGGUGCUGGGCAAGAUCUGGAAGCUGAGCGACGUGGACCGGGACGGCAUGCUGGACGCCGAGGAGUUCGCCCUGGCCAGCCACCUCAUCGAGGUCAAGCUGGAGGGGCACGGCCUGCCCGCCGACCUGCCCCGCCACCUGGUGCCCCCCUCCAAGAGGAGGCAGAAGGGCUCCGCCGAGUAAAGGGGCCCCGACUCCCGCCCCCCUGCCCCGUGCCAGGCUGAACUGCUCCGAGAGACCCGGAUAUUCCCCCCGCGCCCCCUAUGCCAGGCUGAAGUGCUCCGGGAGACUCGGAUAUUCCCCCCGCUCCCCCUGUGCCAGGCUGAAGUGCUCUGGGAGAUCCCGAUUACCCCCCCCCCCCGCCCCUGUGCCAGGCUGAACUGCUCCAGGAGACCCCAGCUCCCGCCCCCCCAUGCCAGGGCUGAACUACUCUGGGAGACCCGGAUAUUCCCCCCCCCCACCCUGUGCCAGGCUGAACUGCUCCAGGAGACCCCGAUUUCCCCCCCCCUCGCCCCUGUGCCAGGCUGAACUACUUCAGGAGACCCCAGCUCUCGCCCCCCUCCUCUGUGCCAGGCUGAACUGCUCCAGGAGACCCUGAUUCCCCCCCCCCCGCCCCUGUGCCAGGCUGAACUGCUCUGGGAGACCCUGAUAUUCCCCCCCUCCCCAUGCCAGGCUGAACUGCUCUGGGAGACCUGGAUAUUCCCCCCCCCCGCCCUGUGCCAGGCUGAACUGCUCCAGGAGACCCCGAUAUUCCCCCCCCCUCGUCCCUGUGCCAGGCUGAACUGCUCUGGGAGACCCCGAUAUUCCCCCCCCCUCCCCAUGCCAGGCUGAACUGCUCCGGGAGACCCCGAUUUCCGCCCCCCUCGCACCGUGCCAGGCUGAACUGCUCCGGGAGACCUCAAUCCCCCGUCCCUUUCCAGCAUCAGCAAACCAGCCUCACCCCCACCCGGCGAGGCAGUAAUUUAGGACCCUCAUUGGUGCAGGAUCAGGGCCCCCCCAGCAUCCCAUCCUGAGCCAGCCGCCCUGGAAUACCUUCACCGUUUCCGCCUCUGGGCACGAAGCUGCAGCUGACUCUGUCGGGGCCAGCGGGGGGCUGCCAGCCCCAGAUCCCCCCCCAACACACACACCAUGUUGCCAGUCCACCAGGAGAGACGAGAGAGGCCGCGAGCUGGACCCCUGCCUGGACCUCCAGCUACCCCAGGUCAUUUGCGGGGAGACCUGACGGGCCCCAGGGCAGUCGCUGUGUUAAAGCGGGGGGGGGGGACUUGCCGUGCUCCCCAGUCCCCGAGGCACCAGCUACAGUGGGUGGGGAUUGAACCCAGGGCCUGCAAGCCACGAGCUGCUCUUCCCCGACCCGCCACUGGGGGGGACAAAGAGCCAGGCUGGGUUAGCGCAAGUCACAUCCUGGCGCUGCCCCCUAGCGUCCUCCGUGCCCAUGUCCUGCCUGCGAUCCAUGGUGGCAGGGGCCGGCGCCAGGCCCCUCGGACCCAGAUCCAGCCCUGAGGGCAGCCUGGGGCAAAGCUACCCUAGGGGUUUGUGGGGUUCUGAGCCCAGUUCCCGGAAAAGCUCGGUGGGCUGCAGGGGACAGGGCCUGCCAAUUAGCCCCACAUAUCCCUGUAUGGCCCUGCAGCCCGCCUGCCUCCUGGUGGAAGCCUGGGGUAUUACAGACUGAGGGGACUGCAGCCCUGCUGGACACCCCUCCCUAGUGGUAGCAGGCGGUACUGCACCCUGCAUUGUACCAGCCACGCAAUCCACUCAGAAUCCGGGGGGCCAGCCGCCCCGUCUCAGCCCGAUCGGGGCCAUUCAGCCCCAUCCGGGAAGUCGUAUCCGGGGGGGCGUUUCCCCUCCAGCCAGAUGCUUUGUGUAUAUUGACCCCGUGUAUCAGAUUAGCCACCCUGUGCUUCAUGCCCCUGACACACCCCACUGCUCCCCCGCUCCCAUGCGCUGCGGGGGGCAGCCCCUUGGUAUCGUUAUGGCAAAAUGCUCAUUUAUUCUGCCCUUUAACCAGGGCCCACUGGGGGCAGAGCAUGAGUCACAGCAGCUGUGAAGCCGCUCGACUUUGCAGCAGCCACCCCUGGCCAUUCCAGCCCCAAGUGCCCGGAGGGGGCAACUGAGAUUCAGGCCCUCGGUUCCCCAUCCCGGGGGCAGGACAGUGGUUGGAGGGAUGGGGCGGGGGCUAAUGCAGCGCUGGUCAGGUGACCAGGUUGGGGGGCUUCCCCUGCAGGCCCCGUCUCUCUCCCGGCCUCCGUCAUUACAGUCCCUCCGGAUCUCGGGUCAGAUACGGCUGGGAAUUGGCCUUGGCCCAUUGAGGGGAAUGCUGAAGCCCUGGGAGGUCUUUCCCCCUCGGUGUGUGCGAGCCGGGCUCCAGGAUGCUCUGUGCGUCAUCUCCUCUGCCCCCGGGGCUGUAUUUAUAUCGAUCCUUCUGCAAUAAAGAGAUGUCGCAUUUACCUAC